AGCUAACUGAUUAUUCGAAUGGUACCUAUAGAUAUUAUGUAAUAUAUAGGUAGGUAUCUACCUACCUAACCUUAGGCAAUUACCUCAUAUAUCUCAUUUAUUUUGGAAGUACCACCUCUCUUCUCUCUUUUAACUUCGAAUGGUAAACCGUACGUCCCACGAAGUACCUAGGUAGAUACCCGGGUACCUCCUAAUGAGAAGUACCUAACAAAGUACCGAUAAGAUUCAAGCUUAAUCUUAUCUAAUCGGAAUUGUUAUGUACAUACUUCGUAGCUGGGUAGCAUUGUGGACCCUCCCGCGCCACCUUUCGUAACAACAGCUUCAACAUCCACUAGGAUAAUCUCGUUUCUAUACGCAAGAAUCCCUCAUUGCAGAUAUGAGCAAACCAGGACUGUCGUUUGGCCUAAACCUAGCUAAGAAGCCUGGUGCUUCGAAGCCUGCCCCUCCGAAAAGGAAACCAAUGUUCGGCGAUGAUGACGGAUCGGACGAUGAUGCGAACGGUUCGGUCAAUGGUCCUCAAGCUACCGAGAUAUCAGAACUAGAUGAUUUCACGACGGCCUCGCCUGGCGAUCAACCAAAUAAGAAGCCACCUCCAAAACUGAAAAACGGUCCACCUACGCAACCCUUGAACGGCAAAAGCAAAAAGCCCCAAAUUUCCAUGUAUGGAGAUCUAUCGAGCUCCUUAGAGUCGCGUAAACAUCAACAAGCCGCCGAGGAGUUAGAUCCCUCAAUAUACGACUACGAUGCGGUCUAUGACUCCCUGAAGCCGGAGAAGAAGGCUACACAAGAAGAUGUCGAGCGCAAACCCAAGUAUAUGAAGAACUUGAUGGCGUCUGCUGCCGUACGAAAACGCGACGCGCUAAUCGCCGAAGAAAAGAAGAUCGCGCGGGAACGGGCGGAAGAAGGCGAAGAGUACGCGGAUAAGGAAAAGUUUGUCACAGAGGCAUACAAGAAACAGCAAGAGGAGAACCGGCGCAUCGAAGAAGAGGAGCGCAGGCGCGAGGAAGAGGAAGCUAAGAAGAAUAAAGGUGGUGGCAUGACUGCCUUCUACAAGGACCUACUAGAAAGGGGCGAUAAACGACACGCUGAAGUGCUUAAGGCGGCAGAAGAGCGUGCGAAGACGGGACCGAAAGAGGAUGAAGACGUGCCGGAGGAGAAAGUUAAGACGGAUGCAGACGUGGCGAGGGAAAUCAACGAGAAAGGUGGUAAAAUUGCUAUCAACGAAGAUGGCCAAGUAGUGGAUAAGCGCGAACUGCUGAAAGGGGGUCUGAAUCUGAGCGCACCGAAACGACAAGAACCUCGAAAAGACGCAGACAGGGGUCAAGACCGCAGGGACGACCGGAGCCAAUCGCGCGGGUUCGUCGGCUCUGGCGGGAAGCAGGCUAUGCGCGAAAGACAAACUCGCAUGCUCGAGGCGCAAUUGGAACAAUCUCUUAAGAGAUCGCUGGCUGAGGAGGAAGAAGAAAGGCAAAAGAUCGAACGCGCUUCCAAGAGCCGCAAGACCGAGUCUGAAGUCUCGAGCGCGCGCGAGAGAUACCUGGCACGUAAGAGAGAAGCAGAAGAAGCGAAGAAGAAAGCUGCGGCGGAAACGUCGUGAGCAGAGCGUUUGCGUCGUCCCAAUCUUCUAUUUAAGAGACGAGAUACCCUUCCGUCGUGAUACCAUGGUUUUGAUGUAUUGUACAUUCUAUGCCUCCGUCAUUCCGAUCCCACUAGUGAG